AUGUGCCUUAUAUUUACGUGUGGUGAUACAGAGUUCUCGAAACAGCUUCGCGGAUACGAAAACGUCAUUUGCCAGUGUCAUAAUUGCGGCAAUUUUGCAGCUCGGGUUACCAAGCGUAAUCCCUGGUUUACCUUCUGUUUUGUUCCUGUUCUUCCACUUAGUAUUCACGGAUAUGAGGAUAUAGUCUGUCCAGUUUGCAGAUUCGCACAACCUCUGAGUAGCCGUCCAGAUGUUGUGGCAAUGAAUGGACAAGGAGGUGGUAUUCCGUUGCAAGAUGUACCUGCUCCUGGCCAGCCUCCCGGAGGUGUGGGCGGACCUCCUCAAUUUAAACCAAAUAUGCAGUAUGGAUAA